UAAGACUCAGCUCGGCUCCCUAAAUUGGUGUCAAAAACUUGAUCAAGUCCAAGACGAGAGAGUAAUCGGAAACCGUCCCAAAAAAAGGGUGUUUAUUUUUUGACUGAUUCAGUUUUACACAGAUGUAAUAAACACAUGCACUCAUCACUUCCAGUAAAUCUCAUUUCUUUACCUCCAACUGCUACCACUUCCGACACACAAAGUAGAGUGGAAAAUUGAAGAUUUACCUCUAACUGAGCUUUUUUUACUUUUACAGUCGAUGUUUUGAUCAGUUUUCCAUCUCCAAAAUCCUCUCUUUUUCUCCGAUACAUGCUGAGAAAGCUAGAACAGAGAAAUUGAACCCAUUAGAUGUGAUCUCUUGUACGUGAUGAAGAGAAGAAACAUUCAAAUUUUUCUACUCCCCAUUUUCCUCGUACCGAUCUUUUUCCUAGGUGCCACCACUGGCGAAGAGCUUCCAAUUUCGCACAAUGCCGGCUUGAGAGACUCGUCGCACACCUUGCAUUACAAGCAAAGGCAGCUCUUGUAUUACACUGACCACCAUGGGUCACGAGGUGUGACUGUGACAGCCGCAGGCUCCCUUGUUUUUGAAAACCCUAGACUCAGAAGUGCCUACACUGCCCUCCAAGCAUGGAAGCGAGCCAUGGUCUCGGAUCCUCGGGAUCAAACAUCCAACUGGGUUGGAUCCGAUGUAUGCAAAUACACUGGAGUCUUCUGCGCCCAAGCUCCAGACGACCCAUCAGUCCAAACUGUUGCUGGCAUUGAUCUAAACCAUGCUGACAUUGCAGGGUUUCUCCCGGAAGAGCUUGGUCUUCUCCUAGAUAUUGCAUUGUUUCACAUCAACUCAAAUCGUUUCUGCGGCAAAGUCCCGAAGAGUUUCAACAAGUUGAAGCUGCUUUUCGAGCUUGAUCUAAGCAACAACCGCUUUGCUGGGGAAUUCCCUGAUGUUGUUCUUCAGCUGCCAGCACUAAAAUUUCUGGACCUGCGAUUCAAUGAGUUUGAAGGUAAAGUCCCCAAGGAACUGUUCGAUAAGGACCUUGAUGCAAUCUUCAUCAACCACAACAGAUUUUCCUUCCAAUUGCCAGAUAAUUUUGGGAAAUCGCCGGUCUCAGUCAUUGUUCUUGCCAACAAUAACUUCCACGGAUGUGUACCUGCCAGCCUUGGCAAGAUGUCCAAGAAUUUAAAUGAAUUGGUGCUUGCUAACAACAGGUUCCACUCGUGUUUGCCAAAGGAGAUAGGGAUGCUGACGAAUGUGAGACUGUUUGAUGUGAGCCAUAACCGGAUUGUGGGAGAGUUGCCGAAGGAAAUAGUUGAAAUGGAAAGCUUGGAGCAGCUGAAUGUGGCUCAUAACAUGCUCAGAGGGACUAUACCAGAAGGGGUGUGUGAACUUCAGAAUCUGAAGAAAUUUAGCUUUGAGCACAACUUUUUCACUAGCGAACCACUGAUGUGUUUGAAGCUGGAGGAGUUUGAUGACAGCAAGAAUUGCUUGCGGAAAAGGCCAAAGCAGAGAACCUUUUUGCAAUGCAAAUUGGCUUUGUCUAAAAAAAUUGAUUGUAGUUCUUUUGGAUGUCAUCCUUUUGUUCCUCCUUUGCCACCAUCACCACCACUGCCUUCACCAUCACUAUCACCGCCUACACCAUCACAACCACCGCAUCCGCCAUCACCAUCGCUGCCUCCGCCAUCUCUAUCACCUCCGCCACCAUCGUCACCACCACCGCGUCCACCAUCUCCAUCGCCACCACCGCCUCCACCAUCACCAUCUCCAUCACCGCCACCGCAUCCGCCAUAUCCAUUGCCUCCCCCGCCAUCUCCAUACCUUUCGCCAAAAUUACCAUUACCACCUCCACCAUCACCACCACUGCAUCAACCAUCACCGCCACUGCAUCUGCCAUCUCCAUCCCCACCAUUACCAUCACCACCUCCACCAUAUUCAUCGCCUCCUCCACCAUCACCAAUACCGCAUCCGCUAUCUCCGUCGCCUCCUCCACCAUCUCCAUCCCCUUCUCCGCCAUUACCAUCACCACCACAGCAUCCACCAUCACCACCAUUGCCUCCUCCGCCAUCUCCAUCCCCUUCACCUCCGCCUCCACCAUCACCAUCACCGCAUCCGCCAUCUCCAUCGCCUCCUCCACCGUCUCCAUCCCCUUCGCCGUCAUUACCAUCACCUCCGCCCCCAUUACCAUCACCGCCUCCACCAUCACCACCAUUGCCUCUGCCAUCUCCAUCACUGCCUCCGCCAUCCCUAUCACCUCCUCCACCAUCUCCAUCACCUCCUCCACUAUCUCCAUCACUUCCGCCGCCAUCACCUUCACGACCACUGCCUCCUCCUCCUCUUCCUCCACCUCCACCAUCCUCACCUCCUUGCCUUCCCUCUCCACCACCCCCUCCACCAUGCCCUCUUCAGAAUUCACCACCACCACCAACACAUUCUCUUAUAUCGCCACCUCCACCACUUCCUUCACCUCCUUCACCUCCAUCCCCACCACCAUGUGUGCCAUCUUCUCCGCCUCCGCCUUCACCUUUAGCACCAACUCCAGCAUAUGAUGGCCCAUUAUCACCAAUUAAAGAAACCUCCUACCCUUCACCUUCACCACAACUGUAUUAUUAGUGAUUCCUUUCAUUUUCUUCUCCACCUUCCAGACAGCUUAGCGACUGAUACACUAUAGUGAGUACACUCCCACAACUCCGAAAAGCGUUUCAACUUUUGAAAUAAUUGCCAACUCUUUUUCUCUACC